CAGCUCUCAUUCACGCCGCUGCUGGUGGAGCGUCUGUGGAGCUGGUGAGGCGGCGCAGCUCGCUUUUGUGCAUCCUCCGAAACCCACCUGUGCGGCGGAUGGUGCCGAUGGAGCAGACGCUGCGUUACAUGGAAUAAUCCCCGCAUCAUCACGAUUCUUCUUCUUCUGUUGUCCUCCUCCGGAUUUGCUAUUUUUUGCCAUCUCUGGGCAUCCAAAGUUGUGAUGAUGCCUCCGUUCAGCAUUUGGGAUUGGUAAUAGCCUCCUGCGCGAGGGUGAUAACAUCAUUUCGCAUGUGAUUGAGCAACACCGUCUCUUGGAAGUGGACAAAACAUGGUCUAAUUUUUAUGAACGUACAAUAACCAUGGGAUUAUCAAAGCUUUUUCUGGUUCUCGGCAUAUUUUGCACCUCCUCAGUUGUAGGUUUUGGGGUUGACCCUGCCCUGCGCAUCAGCGUGUUUGAUGAACUGUCGCUUGGAGAAGGUUUUGAUGGAGUUACUCAGGUCCAGGGCUUCCACAGCGAGUCUAGAGCUUUCCACUUCCAAGGGUCCUCCAGGGAAGUGAAGGCUCCCGCUGAGGUGUCGGAGCAAAUGGUGCAGAAGCUCCGGGGCAAGAAUGAAUUUACUGUGCUGGUGACCCUCAAACAGGAUCACCUCAACUCCGGGGUCAUCCUCUCCAUCCAUCAUUCGGAGCACAGGUUCCUGGAGCUGGAGAGCAGCGGCCAACGGAGUGAGGUGCGUCUUCACUAUCGCACCAAAGGCCAGCAGGACCACACUGAGGUGUUCCCCUACAGCCUCGCUGACGACCAGUGGCACAAAGUGUCUGUGGCCGUCAGCGCCUCUCAUGUCAUACUGCAUGUGGACUGCAACAGGAUCUACGAGCGGGUGGUGGAGGCGCCCUUCAUGGACAUACCCGAAGACACCUCCUUCUGGCUCGGACAGAGAAACGCGGCUCACGGCUUCUUCAAGGGAGUGAUGCAGGAUGUGGAGAUCCUCGUGAUGCCACAGGGUUACAUCUCACAGUGUCCGGAUCUCAACAGAACAUGUCCAACCUGCAAUGAUUUCCAUGGGCUCGUGCAGAAAAUUAUGGAACUACAGGACAUCCUUGCAAAGACAUCCAGCAAGCUGUCCAGGGCGGAGGAGAAGAUGAAUGGCCUGGAUGGCUGCUAUUGUGAGAGGACCUGCAGCGUCAAGGGGGUCGUCUACAGGGAGGACGAGGGCUGGACAGAUGGCUGCAGGAACUGCACAUGCAUGAACGGCACGGUGCAGUGCGAGGCCAUCUCCUGCCCUCCCCCUCAGUGCCCGGCGGGCACGGCGCCUGCCUACGUGAAGGGUGCCUGCUGCAAGGAGUGCCAGCCCGUCUGCUUGUUCGGUGGAAGAGAGCUGGUGGAGGGAGAUCAGAAGGCUGUGCGUGACUCCUCUGGCAGAUGCUUGCUGUUUGAAUGCAGGGACAGGACCAUGCACCGGGUGGUCCCCAGCGAGCCCUGUCCCCAGCUCAGCUGUCCGGAGUCGGAGCAGAUCACUCUGAGUGGCAGAUGCUGCAAAGUCUGCAGAGGUCACGACUUCUGCUCGGAGGGCCACGGCUGCAUGGAGCACUCCGACUGCGUCAACCUGGAGGCGGGAGACUGCUGCGUCUGUAAGGACGGCUUCCGCCCGCUGAGAGACGAUAACGCCUACUGCGAAGAUAUUGAUGAGUGCGCUGAAGGGAAGCACUACUGCAGGGAGAACACCAUGUGUGUCAACACCCCCGGUUCCUUCAUGUGCAUCUGCCACACGGGCUACAUCAGGAUCGAUGACUAUUCCUGCACAGAGCAUGAUGAGUGCCUCAGCGGACUCCACAACUGUGAUGAAAACGCCUUGUGUUUCAAUAUGGUGGGAGGCCACAGCUGCUCCUGUAAGCCGGGCUACACCGGCAAUGGGACGGUCUGCAAAGCGAUGUGUGACGGAUUGUGCCAGAAUGGAGGGACCUGCGUUUCACCUAACAACUGUGUUUGCCAGCAAGGAUUCACGGGGAAGAGAUGUGAAACAGAUAUUGAUGAGUGUGCGGACGGCUUUGUCGAGUGUGAUAGUAAAUCCACUUGUGUCAACUUGCCCGGCUGGUACCACUGUGAGUGCCGGGACGGUUACCACGACAACGGUUUGUUUUCUGCCAACGGGGAGUCGUGUGUAGACAUUAAUGAAUGCAAGACGGGGAGGAACACCUGUGCCAACGACACCGUGUGCUUCAACCUGGAGGGGGGCUACGACUGCCGGUGCCCCCACGGACACAACUGCACCGGCGACUGUAUCCAUGACAACAAGGUCAAGCACAGCGGGCAGAUCUGGGUGCUGGACAGCGACCGGUGCUCGGUGUGCUCCUGCCAGGCCGGCCAGGUGAUGUGCCGCAGGAUGGUGUGCGACUGCGACAACCCCAACGCCGACCUGUUCUGCUGCCCCGAGUGCGACCCGCGGCUGAGCAGCCAGUGCCUGCACCAGAACGGCCUGCUCACCUACGGCAGCGGCGACACCUGGGUGGAGAACUGCCAGCAGUGCCAGUGCCUGCAGGGGCAGGUGGACUGCUGGCCCCUGCCGUGCCCGCCCGUGGACUGCGAGUUCACCGUGGUGCCGGAGGGCGAGUGCUGCCCCCGCUGCGUCACCGACCCCUGCCAGGCGGACACCAUCCGCAACGACAUCACCAAGACGUGCACGGACGAGCACGGCAUCUCACGCUUCAGCGGCUCCUCCUGGAUUAAACAUGGCACGGAGUGCACCCUGUGCCAGUGCAAGAAUGGACACAUCUGUUGCUCAGUGGACCCCAUGUGCCUUUAGUCCCGGCAGAUCUGAAGGCACCUGUACAGUGUUCUCCGUGUAAAAAAAAGGAAAAAAAAGGAAAAAAAAAAGAAAAAGUUAACACCACCCCUGUGUCUCCUCACCGUCCCUCUCACAGGCGUGGCUCAAGCCGUGUUUUUUUUUUUUUUUUUUUUUGCGUUGUCAGGAUUGGCUUCGGCCUCGCAGACCCGGAUGAAUGGAGGCUACGAGUUCAUAACGAUGGCGAAUACAGACAGCUGUACAAAUUUACCCUCCAGGUACUUUCUCCUCAGAUUACCUACAGUUUAAAGCUCCUAUUAUACGGUCUUCGCAGUAAACUCCACCCAUCUGGCACCUUCCUGUGCACGUUAAGCAUCCAGAAUGUUCUGCAAACUCCCGGCGACGCGCGCCCACCCGCUUCCCCAACUUCUUUAUACCAAAUGCAAACCCACGUCAUACCAAACCGGUGAUGGACUCCAGCUCCUCAGAGCCACUCUCUUCGUUUUUGUCCCACCACUACCGAGUGAACCGUCAAGGAUCACCGUCUCCUCCUUCAAACCAUCGCUACAUGAAUCUGUAAGAUAUUACUAUUACUGGCAUGACUGUGCUUGAUGUCCAAACAUUUUUGCUGAUUUCUAAAUUCUUAAUGAUGAUGAUACCUUAGAUAGAGCAAAGGCAGUUAGAAUAAGGUUCUGUUGCCACUUUUAUGAGUCGUCUAUAUUAUGUGGUGCUUUGUAGCAUUUUGUUCCAUUUCUCUUUUUUGUAAAUUUUAUUUCCAAGCUUGUUAUUGUGUAAUAGUGAAAUAAAGUAUUUCCAUUUACAUUAAA